GCGGCGGAGCCGGCACCGCCGGCGCCGGGAUGACGCCGCGUCGGUGACGCCAGUGCAAGAUGCGAGCGGUGGCUGUGAUGACGGCGCUGCUGGCGUGCGGGUGCCGGGCGGCCGACGUUUGCGAGGAGGUCGGCGCCGACGCGCUGCGGUGCUCCCUCGCCACCCUGGACUCGGCACGUGUUAACUCGACGCGUCCGCACGACGUGAAGCACAUAGAGAUCGCGUGCGGUGAGCGAUCACACAUACACGAAGAAUGGGAGAUGUCGGCCUUCAAGCGAUUUCCCGGCCUCGAGACGCUCUCAAUAAGUCACUGUAAGUUUGGAAAGAUCAACAGAGGAGCUUUGCAGCAUCUGACGAGUUUGAAAUCCUUCAGCUUCAGAUCAUUUCAGUCACAGUGGCUAUCGGCAGAGUUGAAAUUAGAGCAAGGUAGCUUCGAAGGAUUGGAACGUCUAGAAAAACUUGACAUCAGUCAAAACAAUAUUUGGGCCUUAGGGUCCAAUAUUUUGAAGGAGCUGAUAUUCCUAAAAGUCUUAAACGUUUCUGGAAACAAUCUUCAGCAGCUUACUGAACUACAAAACGCUGGAGUUAACUCCAAUCUGCAGGUGCUGGACGUGUCCAACAACGGUAUCACCGUGCUACAUGCACCUGACGUCAGCUUCUUGCACAGGAUGCGUGAGUUGAAUCUUAAGUCUAACAAGAUAUCAGUCAUUCACGAUGGAUCUCUGGCAGGUCUAGACAAGCUCGGGGUGCUGGAUAUUUCCAGAAACAAGCUAGUGGCACUACCGGCAAUGAUGCUGAACGAGACUCGAUCUCUAAAGGAUCUGCGACUGGACAACAACGGCAUUCAGGUGCUGCCGCCCGGCUUGCUGUCAGACCUGCCACAGCUGCUAAUCGUCAACAUGUCCAGCAAUAGGCUGAGCUCCCAGUGGAUCAGAAAGGACACAUUCGCCAACCUGUUCAGACUGAUCGUGUUGGACCUCUCCGGAAAUAUGUUGGACACCCUCAGUCAAGAUGCUUUCGACGACUUGUCCAGUCUCCAGGUUCUGGACCUCGGUUACAACCAGCUACAGACUCUGCCCGUUGGAGUGUUCACGUCUUUGAGCAACCUGCAUACGCUGACCCUGUCUGGAAACACCUUAAGUCGGUUGGAGCGGCGUGCUCUAGAGGGCCUGCACGUGCUCAGCAGACUCAGCCUCGACUACAACCGGCUGGCGACGAUAGACGAGGACGCGUUCGCCAACGCAUCAAGCAUACAGUACCUACAUUUUCAAAGGAAUGGACUGACCAGCAUCCCAGACGCUCUGCGUGUUCUCACAUCGCUGGAGCAGCUGGACCUAGCUGAAAAUUAUAUAUCGGACGAUGAUGGUGGUGUGCUUAAAACGCUGUUGCAGCUGCGCUUUCUGAGCUUGGCUGGAAACAAGCUCAGCAAUGUGUCAGCCGGGUUCUUGUCGGGUCAAAAUGCUCUCACCAUGCUCGACAUGUCUCGGAACGAAAUUGAAAGCCUCAAAAGUGCCACCUUUGACACAGCUUUGAGUCUAAGGGCUAUACGACUGGAUGCGAAUCAUCUGAGAAACAUCAACGGCCUGUUCGCUAAGCUGCCGGCUCUCCGGUGGCUGAAUGUCUCCGACAACCAGAUCGAGUUCUUCGACUACGCCCUGAUUCCGGCUGAGCUUCGCUGGCUCGACAUGCACAAGAACCGGCUGCGCGAAAUUGGCAACUUUUACAACGUCGAGUCGGUGAUUAAACUGAAUACGUUGGACCUCAGCCACAAUCAUGUGUCCCUCAUUAGCAGGUCCUCCGUGCCUGACGGUAUCAAGUAUCUCAUCCUGGCCAACAAUCAGCUGACAACAGUUGAGCCGGGGACUUUCGAGGCGAAGUCUCAGCUGAUUCGAGCCGACUUCUCCGCCAAUCAGCUGACGGAGCUGAGUCUGGAGGCCGUCGCCUUGCCGAAGGACGGUGGCCGGCAACCGCCGGCCGCCAUUCUGCUGGGAGGCAACCCGCUCCUGUGCAGCUGCGCUACGGACUGGAUCCUGAGCACCGACCACCUCACGGCCGGCAACAACGUCCCAGAGGUGCUGGAUGGUGACCGGAUCAUGUGCCGCCUCCUCCACUCGCCGAACCAGUUGACGCCUCUGCAGAACGUCAAGCCGUCCGACUUCCUUUGCACCUACGACCGACACUGUUUCGCGCUCUGCCACUGCUGCAACUACGUGGCCUGCGACUGCGAGAUGAGGUGCCCCGACGGCUGCUCUUGCUACCACGACCGCACGUGGAACACCAACAUCGUCGACUGCAGCAAGAGGGAGCAGGUGACCAUCUCUCGGGAGAUCCCGAUGGACGCCACGGCCGUCUUCGCUGACGGCAACAACAUCCACAGUCUGGACAGUCACACUUUCAUAGGCAGAAAGCGCGUCCAGCUACUGUUUGUCAACGGCUCAAACGUGGAGCAGAUCCAGAACCGCAGCCUGAACGGCCUCUCCUCGCUUCGCGUCCUGCGACUCGAAAACAACGCUCUCGCCACCUUCCGUGGCUUUGAGUUCGACGGACUGUACUCGCUUCGCGAGUUGUACCUGCACAACAACCGGCUGCGCGCCAUCCAUCCAGCGACCUUCUCGCGCCUGCAAGCGCUCGAGGUGCUGACUCUGCGAGACAACCGGCUGACCAGCUUCCCCGUCUGGCAGCUAACCGCCAACCCGUACCUGGCGCAGCUGUCGCUCGCCAACAACCGCUGGUCGUGCGCCUGUCUGCCGGCCGCCCGCCUCAACCGUUUCCUCGCCGACAACCGCGCUAAGGUGGAGGACGUGGACGCGGUGCGGUGUUCCGACGCCGGCGGGCCGACUGACUGCGAUGCCGACGCCAGUACCGGCGCAGCGCCGCCAGCAGGCCGUUGGACAGCGACGCCCAGCGCUCUGCCGCUGGCGCUGCUGGCUGCCGCCGCGCUGGCUGUCGUCGCGCUGGCCGGUGGGCUCGUGUUCCGCUACCGGAGGCGCCUUUGUUCGGCGACGGCGACGGCGGCGCGGUCGGCCUCCUACACCGGUGCGCUCGGCGUGGCCGUGGUGACGCCCCGGGCCGAUAAGCUGUACGACGUGUUUGUGACAUACAGCGCGCAGGACACGCGCUUUGUGAACGAGGUGCUGGCGCCGGAGAUGGAGCAGGCCACGCCGGCGUACCGGCUGUGCCUGCUGCGGCGCGACGCGCCCAGCACCAGCUAUCUGGGCGACGCCGUGCACCACUGCGUGCAGGCCUCCAGAAAGACGCUGCUGGUGCUCUCGAGAAACUUCCUCGACAACGAGUGGUGUCGGUUUGACUUUAAGGCGUCGCACCUGGACGCGCUGCGAACGCCUCGCGAUGUGGUUGUGCUGCUGCAUGGCGUCAGUCGGGGCGCUGCUGAAGGAGAACUGGAGACGCUGCUGCGGGGGGUUCCGUGCGUCGCGUAUGGCGAGCCGGACGCCUGGUGCAAGCUGCGCCAGCUGCUGUCGCACCCCCGUGGCUACAAACACUCGCUGCUGCCCCACGGCUUGGGCCAGCCACCGUGCGUGUUGCGCUCGUGCCGGGGUAGACCGGCCGCGCUGGCAGCGCCGCUCGGGGACUCGCCGUCGCCCACCUGCUCCACUGUGAUGUCCGACGAAGAGUCGGACGGGUCGGCGCCACUGCGGCUGGACCCCGGCCGCCUGCUGGCGUCCAGCGCGCUGCCCCGGGCUGCCGGCAGCUGUAGCAGCCUGCAGAUCAGCGAGCACUCGUACAUGACCAUCGAGCACUACCAGACGGCGGGCCGGCCGUCGACUGAGGCCGAGCUGUACUCCACCCUGGAGCCGGAGGUGCGGCCGCAGAUGCCGUCCGACCCGGACCACCCGGGUCACCAUCACCAGAGGUCGCCGUCCGACGCGGACCACCCGGGUCACCAUCAUCAGAGGUCACCCUUCGACCCGGACCACCCGGGUCACCAUCACCAGAGGUCGCCCUUCGACCCGGACCACCCGGGUCACCAUCACCAGAGGUCGCCGUCUGACGUGGACCACCCGGGCCAUCAUCAUCAGAGGUCGCUGUCACACUCGCUCUGGGUGUAACGUUGAGUGUCCUGGAGACAAUGUCAUGGAAGUGUCGCAGAAGGCAGAUAUUGUUUAUAAUGUGAUAUGAGCUUGCUGACGACUUCGAAAGAUGGUCCGAGAUUCAAUUCGCCGGCUACGUUGGAUGACGAAACAAUGCGUGUCCGACGACGGCUUUUAUAAUUGCUUUACGUUGUGUGUGACUUCGUGCGAGUUUCGCGGGUCGCGGAGAAACGGACGAAAUACCAGUGGGCGGCCAUGUCGCAAUGCUUUACUUUGUGCGCUGGCGGAUUGAUGUGAUAUGGUUACCAACGUCGGGCUCACAAGCCUGACUCAAUGUGAUAUAAUAAAUGACAAGCUUACAUCAUC